AUGAGCAACCAGGUGGAGGUCAUGGAUGCCGCCAACCUGACGCCCGCGGGGCCGGACCUGGAGGGCGGGUCCCCGGGGGCCGGCUCCGUGGCGCCGAACGCGUGCCACGGCCCGUCCAGCGUCAGCACCUGGCUGACCACCAUCCUGAGCAGGGAGGCCGGUAGCGGGAUGGACCACGGCGCCAAUGCCAAGGUGCUGGGCCUGCCCACGUUCCAGAUAGAGAACGGGCCGCCCGUGCGCGGCAACAGCGUGCCCCAGUUGUACCUGGACUCGGGUAACGGCCUGCCCGCCAGCGCCGCCCGGGCGCAGAUGGGCCACUCCUGCGGCUUGGCGCAUCCUCCCGGCGCCCUGGACUUCGCCCCCCUGCAGCUCACGGUCCAGAAUGCGCCCCGGGGCUCGGCCGGCGUGGGGCCGGGGAUCCCGGACCUGGCCUUGGCGCAGAGCAUGGCGAUGGACCCCGGCGUGCUGGCCGCCGCGGGUCUGCAGCCCCCCGGCGCCGCCAUCAGCGACCCGUCGGUGCUGUUCACGGGGCCGCUGGUGGACCGCGGAAUGCCAGAGGCCGUGGCGCAGCCCCCCGCCGCCAGGCUGUGCGGGCCGGAUGGCGCCGGCCAGGUGCACCUGCUGGUGCAGGACCUGCAGGCGCUGCCUAACAAGGGCUUCGCGCUGCCCGUCAAGGUGGAGAACAGGGUGGGGAGCGUGCCGGCGCGCGGCGUGACUGUGCCCGACCUGCGGCCAUUGAGCAGCCUGGUGGCGGGCGUGGCGGGGGAGGAGGUGCCGGGGGGCCUGGAGCCCAGCCACCUUCUGCAGCACCACGCGGUGCAGCAGCCGCAGAUGCACCGGAUGCCCAAGCCCACACGGUGGAAGCCCAACCCCGCGCAGCUGUGCCUGCUGGAGAGACAUUUCAACUCGGGUUACAAGCGGCCCACGCCGGAAUUGUACGCCGCAGUCAAGGGCGCGGGGGAGGCCAAGGAAGCGCAAGUCUCCGUGUGGCUGAAGAAUCGCCUGGCGCGGUCGAAGGACCGCCUGUCGGGCCCAGCAAGCAAGGCCGCCAAGGCGCCGGAUUCUGGUCGCAGGAACGCAUCCUGGGCCGCUGGUCCCGACCGCGAAGGGGGGGUGAAUGAGAUGCCCGUCUCCGGACAAAAGAGGCCAAGAGAGGAAGGGGCUGACGAGGAGUCGUGGGACGACUACCACAAGAUGUCCCAGGCUGCCAUCAGGGAGGUGGCCACGGCGAUGGCGGCGAUUGAUGGCGACGAGGUUACGCAGCUUGUCAAGGAAGUGUGCAGCGCAAGGAAAGUGUGCUGUUACGGUGUGGGCCGAGAGCGUCUUGUAAUGAAGGCCCUGGCGAUGAGGUUGUGCCACAUGGGGGUCGACGCCUGCAUGGUUGGUGAAGCCAGGACCCCUGCUGUGGGCAAAGGGGAUCUCGUGAUGGCGAGCGCUGGCCCCAGCUACUACAACACUGUCAAUGCUAUAUGCCUUGCUGCGAUUCGUGCGCAAGCAAAGGUUAUAGCGUUUACAGCACACCAAACGGCUCCACUGCCAUUUGCAGACAAAGCUGUGCGAAUUCCAAUACCUUUCGCGCACCCCAUCCCUUCGUAUGGGCACAAGGCCCCCAAAGUUGAGGUGCCCAAUGGCAAUGCGCACAAGGUCAUGCAGCUGGGGUCUGCAUUCGAGGUAACUUUGUGGAUGAUGUUUGAGUGCAUGUGCAUCAUGAUACAAAAGAAAUUGGGUGUGCAGGAAGUAGAGAUGCUGGAAAGACACACCAACCUUGAAUAG